AUGGCCUCCGUCUUGGAGCUCACCUGCAUCUACUCGGCCCUUAUUCUGAACGAUGAUGAAGUGAUGGUGAUGGAGCAUAAGAUCAAUGCCCUCACUAAAGCAGUUGGUGUAAAGGUUGAACCUCUCUGGCCAGGGGCUGGUGGGCCUGCCCCUGCAACUUGUGCUGCACCAGCAAGAGAUCCUUCCCCCUCCACUACUGCUGCCCCAGCUGAGGAGAAGAAAGUGGAAGCAAAAAAAGAAGAAUCUGAGGAGUCUGAUGAUGACAUAGAUAUUGGUCUUUUUGACUAA